CAGCUACGCUGGUUGCCUUCGCCCCACAUACAGUAUGUGCCCUCGACGCCCGCGUCCAAUCCGAGUCGGAUCGUACUAUUACUACAUGCGCGUCGACAUCGCGUCGAGGAAUGAAGGUGCAAUUGCCGCAUUAUCCCAGAUUCUCGGCUCACGUUGGUCCAACUGCGAGCCGUUGCUCGAAGAACUGGAGGAGGUUAAGCGGCUAGUCAUGCAAAUGCGCUUGGCCCCAUGGCCAGACGAGUUGACGCUGCAAAUCACCGAACAAAGGCUGCUCUCUGUGAUACUCGAUGCCAGUGCCUCACAAAGCCUGUGUACUCGACUUUCCAGGCUUCUGCACGGAUGGUCGGGCACUGGCAUCGGGCAGCGCUCCGACCCGCAGCGCCUCCCAGCAAAGCGGAUGAAGAGCAUAGCGGGGAAGUUGCAGGAGACCAUUACAGGGCUGAGGGCUGCGCAAACCUACGCUCCUCUAGAUGACGACGACGUCCUGCAGGCGCAACACAUACUGCACGCCUGUCUGGGGCUGCCCCUCCCACUCGUGUGGGCGAUCUUGGACGAGGCCGAGUACUGGGUUUGUUCGAUUGGCCACAGCAGACGGGUGAUCUUGUCGGUCGGAGCAGACAGUGGUGCGAUACAGGAGACGCACUGUUGCACCGCGAAGCUGCCGCCGUUCGUGAAGAAACACAGACCGCUGCGCAGGGUCGUGUUCAAGAUAGAGGCGUGCUCUCGAGGCUUGCAAACGUCCGACAAUGACAAUUCCUGGUUCGAAGCGGGCAGCGACAACGCUGCAAGGCGUAUCAUCAUGCACACCCCUGCCGCCGUUACGGACUUUCAAACGCACCGCAUACAAUGGGACUGCUCCCUGAGCGAGGGUGGCACCGGAUUAGACACUGAGUUGCAGGAGUGGAUGGGCCGCUUUGUAGGCGGAGAGGACCUCUCCGUAUUCGCCAGGGCGCAGUUCCCAGAAUGGUCGAUCUACGUACGGAUGGUGCAGUUGGAGCUCUACUGCGCUUGCGUGUAGACAGAGCAGGGCCGAAUGCAUGAUUGGAAAGGUCUAAUAUUCCGUUACCUUUACUUUUACACACGUGAGAGCCCAAACAGAGGUAUCCGAAAGUCG